UUCUAAUUAAAGCACACAAACCCUCUAGAUCUAAGUAGAACUAGCUAUAGCCAUGGCAAGCUCGUCGUCUCUACUGUCCGCAGCAUGCAAAAGGUUAGAAGGAAAGGUGGCUUUGAUCACCGGAGCCGCGAGUGGGAUAGGUGAAUGCACGGCGAAGCUGUUCUCCAAACACGGGGCUAAGGUUGUCAUUGCAGACAUCCAAGACAACCUCGGACACCCAUUAACCAAAACCUUAGGGGAAAACAACAGCACCUACGUUCACUGUGACGUAACCAACGAAGAUCAAGUCAAAAAUGCCGUUGACAAAACCAUCGCAACCUACGGGAAACUGGACAUCAUGAUGAACAACGCGGCUUUUAUCGAUCGAAAGAACACCCGGAUCUGGGACAACGAAACCUCGGACUUUGAGAGAGUACUCAAAGUUAACGUCACGGGUGUUUUCCUCGGAAUGAAGCACGCGGCCCGGGUGAUGGUUCCCGCGCGUAGCGGUUGCAUCAUUUCCACCGCCAGCAUGACCUCCGGGAUGGGCGGCGCCGCCACCCAUGCUUAUACUUGUUCCAAGCAUGCUGUUUUAGGGCUGACGAGGAAUCUGGCGGUUGAGCUUGGGAGAUAUGGGAUCAGAGUCAACUGCCUGUCCCCAAAUAUCAUGCAAACUCCUCUGGCCAGGAAGUUUAUGGGGAGUGAGGGAGCUGAUUUUGAGAAAUCCUUAAGUUUGCAUUGGCAGUCAAACCUUCAAGGCGUCAGUCUCGGGGUUGAUGAUGUCGCCAACGCGGCUCUUUACCUAGCAAGCGAUGACGCCAAGUGUGUGAGUGGGCACAAUUUAUUUAUUGAUGGCGGACAAAGCAUUUGUAACUCCGGCAGCAAUAUGUUCGCCGAAUCUGAGCCCGCCCAGCCUCAUUAUAUAUGAAUCCGAAUUGAGAGUAAUAUGUAUUCCAUCAGCAACUUUUGGAAAGUGUGAUCUCAAUUAUGCUCUGGAAUGUUGUUGGAAUUUGAAAUAAAUUAUUGUUUUACGA